AUGAUAGUGCUGCUUUCACUCAAUUACCUCAUGAGGAACUUCAAGGCUUUUAGUCAUGCCGUCAUUGCUCUCUUCAUCAUCUCUCUGGGUGCUAGGUGUGAUGGACAAGUAGAACUUGACACGGUUCUGAUGGAGAAGUCUGAGAGGGAUGCUCUAUUCUCCACCAUUCAGGGAUAUGAAUUGAGGAACUGGAAUAACUGA